AUGCCUUUCAAUACCGCCCUGACGCGCAAGCUGGGCAUCCGCGUGCCCGUUGUGCAGGGUGGCAUGCAGUGGGUGGGAUAUGCCGAGCUGGCCUCAGCUGUCAGCAACGCAGGUGGAUUGGGUAUUCUCACUGCCCUCACCCAACCCACCCCCGAAGACCUGCGCAAAGAAAUCCGACGAUGCCGCACCAUGACCAAGUACCCCUUCGGUGUCAACUUGACUCUCCUCCCCGCCAUGAUCCCCCCAGACUACGCCGCAUAUGCCCAGGUGAUCAUCGAUGAGGGAAUCAAGAUUGUCGAAACCGCGGGUAACAACCCCGGCCCAGUGAUCAAGCAGCUCAAGAAGGCCGGCAUCAUCGUUCUGCACAAGUGCACCACCAUCCGACAUGCCAAGUCCGCCGUCAAGCUGGGCGUGGACUUUCUGUCUAUCGAUGGUUUCGAGUGUGCUGGCCAUGUUGGCGAACACGAUAUUACGAACUUUAUUCUUCUUAGCCGUGCGCGCCAGGAGUUAGGCGUGCCAUUCAUCGCUUCGGGUGGUUUCGCCGAUGGACAGGGUCUGGCUGCUGCUCUUGCUCUUGGUGCCGAGGGUAUCAACAUGGGUACUCGGUUUAUGAGUACCGUUGAAGCUCCUAUUCAUCAGAAGAUUAAGGAGGCGAUCGUUAAUGCCGACGAGACGGAUACUGCUCUUGUGCUGCGUCGCUGGAAGAACACUUCGCGUCUGUUUGCCAACCAGGUAACUAAGGAUGCGUUGAAGGUUGAGAAGGAGAGCACUACUGGCGAGUUCAGUGAGAUCGCGCCGUAUGUAAGUGGCAAGCGUGGCCGCGAGGUCUUCAUCAACGGUGACAAGGACUAUGGAGUGUGGACUGCUGGUCAGGUUAUUGGAUUGAUUCACGAUAUCCCAACUUGCAAGGUUCUGCUCGAGCGGAUUGAGAAGGAGGCCCUGGAGGCUAUGAACCGAACUCGAUCUUUGUUUAACGAUGCUCCUGCUAGUAAACUGUGA